AUGAAGCUAUUUCUCAGUCUAUUCUUGCUGUCACUUGACGUGUCGACAGCCUUUACAUCGCCAUCGUCCCAUUCCAUCUUCACCAACAACAAAAACAACAACAACAACAACAACAACAACAACAACAACCACAAUCAUGUGGGAGUUCUACUAGUACCGGUAGGUAGAGUAGCAGCAACCACCACGCACAUCAUCCUCCAGGCCACUCCCGCAGAAGAUGCUCCCGAGUCGGAAUAUGACGACUGGUACAAUGAUUUUGAUCCUUCCGAAUUUGAAAACGCUGCUGCUGCUGCAACCGCAAGUACUACUACUACUGCUACGACUAGUACCCAACACGAUUACGAACGAGAUAUCAGUGCGGACAACUCCAAUGUGGACCUCGAAGAAGUCAAUUAUUUGCUGGCCGAACGUCUCGUCAUGAAAAAAUCGAGACGGUUUGACGAAGCCGAUGCCAUUCGCGACGAACUCUUGGACAAACAUGGUGUCAUGGUCCGAGACAAGGAAGGAACCUGGCGCACCGGGUGCUCUCGAAGUGGUUCUGGAAAAAAGUGGGGAGAUGAUCAACGUCGUCCAAGAAAGGCCAAGGAUUUUGGACCCAACGGACAUGAUUACAAUAUGGCGCCGGAUGCUGGACCCAUUCAAUCGUCCUUGUCGGAAGCCGAAAUUCAUGAAAUGUUGGCGGAACGUCUUCAAUACAAAUUGAAACGAGAUUACCCGAAUGCCGAUCGAAUUCAAGCAGCCUUAUUGAGUGCAGGUGUUCAACUCAACGACAGGAGAAAGUUGUGGAGGGCGGACGGGGCUCCCUUUGAAGAAUUUGCCUCGCGCAAAUACAGCCAGUCGCAACAUUCGCAAGCCGUCGAUACGGCUGCCAAUGCCGAACAGAUCCAAGCCAUGGUCGACGAACGAUCCAAGGCCAAGUCGGAACGUUUGUAUCAAAGAGCAGACGAACUUCGUGAUGCACUCUUGAAUGACUUUGACGUUCAUAUUGAUGACAAACGAGCUGAAUGGAGUGUGGGUGGUGAGUUUGGAGUCGUCGUCGCACCUACCAAACGAGAUCGAUUCACUCCCUUUGUCAAAGCUCCUGGUUGUCCGGUUACCGAACAUGAUUCCGAGAUUCAGCAAAUGCUGGACGAUCGGGAUGCCGCUCGUGCCGAUCGCGAUUUUGUCACGGCGGAUGACCUUCGCCAGAAAUUGCUGGAAAUGAGUGUCUACAUUGACGAUCGGAAACGAGAGUGGUCCAUGCGAGGAGUCCAACGAGGUUUCAAUCGUCGUGAAGGUGGGGAAGAAUUGUCCGAAGAAACCCUGGCCGGAAUCACAAGUCUCCUAGAAGCACGGUCGGAACACAAGAAAAAUCGCAAAUUCAAGAGUGCUGACAAGAUUCGAGAUCAGCUUCGUGAUGAAUUCAAUGUCCUGGUCGACGACAAAAAGAGAGAAUGGUUUAUCAUCUCAGCCGCCGACUAUACCAUGUCUGCCAACUCGGCGCCAAUCGAUGAUGAGACGGCUGGAAUUGUCACCAAACUUCUGGAAAAACGCGUCAUUGCCAAGAUCCAGCGGGAUUACAAGACUGCGGAUUCCAUCCGAGACAUGCUGGUAGAGAAAUUUGGUGUCACGGUGGAUGAUCGAGUCAAGGAGUGGGAACGACUUGGCGAGGUGCCCGCGGCUACUACUACUACUACUACUACUACUACUACUACUGCAGCAGCAGACGAGGGUGUUGUAGCGGAAGGAGGAGGAGAUUCCGUAGAGGAAAGCACAUCAGAGGCGCCCGUGCAAGAGGAGGCUGUGGUUCUUCCUUCAGAAUCCACCACCAUGGAAGCAGAAGAAGAAGAUUUGGAACAAAUGACAAUCCCAAUGCUCAAAGACAAGCUUCGUGAAAUGGAGUUGCCAGUUGGUGGAAACAAGGCGGAACUUGUGCAGAGAAUAUUGGGCGAGGAGUAG